CAUUUCAGUCCCUGCAGAGAAGGAUCUUAAAUUUGAAGAACACAAAAUAAAAUCUCCAAUCCAGGAGUUUACUAAAUUAAGCCCAUUUCAUGUAGAAAAACAAGAUAUUAAAGCUCAUACUGAAGAAAAAGUUUUGCCUCCAGUCAUUCCUGAGGAUAUAGCAAAAAUACAUGAUCACAAACCAAAAUCGCCGGUGGAUCAAAUUAAUGAAUUGAGUCCAGUUGAAAUAGUAGCUGGACAAGCAGAUGUUAAAACUAAAAUUGUAGAGGAAAUCAUUUCAGUCCCUGCAGAAAUGGAUCUUAAAUUUGAAGAUCCCAAAAUAAAAUCUCCAAUCCAAGAGGUUACUAGGUUAAGCCCAAUUCAUGUAGAAAAACAAGAUAUUACUGCUCCUACUGAAGAUAAAGCUUUGUCUCCACUAAUUCCUGAAGAUAAAGAAAAAAUACACGAUCACAAACCAAAAUCGCCGGUGGAUCAACCUAAAGAAUUGAGUCCAGUUGAAAUAGUAGCUGGACAAGCAGAUGCUAAAACUAAAAUUGUAGAGGAAAUCAUUUCAGUCCCUGCAGAAAUGGAUCUUAAAUUUGAAGAACACAAAAUAAAAUCUCCAAUCCAGGAGGUUACUAAAUUCAGCCCAAUUCAUGUAGAAAAACAAGAUAUUAAACCUCCUACUGAAGAAAAAGUUUUGUCUCCAGUCAUUCUUGAGGGUAUAGCAAAAAUACAUGAUCACAAACCAAAAUCGCCUUUGGAUCAACCUAAAGAAUUGAGUCCAGUUGAAAUAGUAGCUGGACAAGAGGAUGUUAAAAGUAAAAUGGUAAAGGAAAUCAUUUCAGUCCCUGCAGAAAAGGAUCUUACAUUUGAAGAUUAUAAAAUAAAAUCUCCAAUCCAAGAGGUUACUAAGUUAAGCCCAAUUCAUGUAGGAAAACAAGAUAUUAGUGCUCCUACUGAAGAAAAAGCUUUGUCUCCACUAAUUCCUGAAGAUAAAGAAAAAAUACACGAUCACAAACUAAAAUCGCCUGUGGAUCAACCUAAAGAAUUGAGUCCAGUUGAAAUAUUAGCUGGACAAGAAGAUGUUAAAACUAAAAUUGUAGAGGAAAUCAUUUCAGUCCCUGCAGAAAAGGAUCAUAGAUUUGACGAAAACAAAAUAAAAUCGCCAAUCCAAGAGGUUACUAAGUUAAGCCCAAUUCAUGUAGAAAAACAGGAUAUUAGUAUUCCAACUGAAAAAAAGGUUUUGUCUCCACUAAUUCCUGAAGAUAAAGAAAAAAUACACGAUCUCAAACUAAAAUCGCCUGUGGAUCAACCUAAAGAAUUGAGUCCAGUUGAAAUUGUAGCUGGACAGGAAGAUGUUAAAACUAAAAUUGUAGAGGAAAUCAUUUCAGUCCCUGCAGAGAAGGAUCUUAAAUUUGAAGAACACAAAAUAAAAUCUCCAAUCCAGGAGGUUACUAAAUUAAGCUUAUUUUAUGUAGAAAAACAAGAUAUUAAAGCUCAUACUGAAGAAAAAGGUUUGUCCACACUGAUUCCUGAAGAUAAAGAAAAAAUACACGAUCACAAACCAAAAUCGCCGGUGGAUCAAUCUAAAGAAUUCAGUCCAGUUGAAAUAGUAGCUGGACAAGAAGAUGUUAAAACUAAAAUUGUAGAGAAAAUCAUUUCAGUUCCUGCAGAGAAGGAUCUUAAAUUUGAAGAACACAAAAUAAAAUCUCCAAUGCAGGAGGUUACUAAAUUAAGCCCAAUUCAUGUAGGAAAACAAGAUAUUAGUGCUCCUACUGAAGAAAAAUCUUUGUCUCCACUAAUUCCUGAAGAUAAAGAAAAAAUACACGAUCACAAACUAAAAUCGCCGGUGGAUCAACCUAAAGAAUUGAAUCCAGUUGAAAUAGUAGCUGGACAAGAAGAUGUUAAAUCUAAAAUUGUAGAGGAAAUCAUUUCAGUCCCUGCAGAAAAGGAUCAUAGAUUUGACGAAAACAAAAUAAAAUCGCCAAUUCAAGAGGUUACUAAGUUAAGCCCAAUUCAUGUAGAAAAACAAGAUAUUAGUGCUCCAACUGAAGAAAAGGUUUUGUCUCCACUAAUUCCUGAAGAUAUAGAAAAAAUACACGAUCACCAACUAAAAUCGCCCGUGGAUCAACCUAAAGAAUUGAGUCCAGUUGAAAUAGUAGCUGGACAAGAAGAUGUUAAAACUAAAAUUGUAGAGGAAAUCAUUUCAGUCCCUGCAGAGAAGGAUCUUAAAUUUGAAGAACACAAAAUAAAAUCUCCAAUCCAGGAGUUUACUAAAUUAAGCCCAUUUCAUGUAGAAAAACAAGAUAUUAAAGCUCAUACUGAAGAAAAAGUUUUGCCUCCAGUCAUUCCUGAGGGUAUAGCAAAAAUACAUGAUCACAAACCAAAAUCGCCGGUGGAUCAAAUUAAUGAAUUGAGUCCAGUUGAAAUAGUAGCUGGAAAAGCAGAUGUUAAAACUAAAAUUGUAGAGGAAAUCAUUUCAGUCCCUGCGGAAAUGGAUCUUAAAUUUGAAGAUCACAAAAAAUCUCCAAUCCAAGAGGUUACUAGGUUAAGCCCAAUUCAUGUAGAAAAACAAGAUAUUACUGCUCCUACUGAAGAUAAAGGUUUGUCUCCACUUAUUCCUGAAGAUAAAGAAAAAAUACACGAUCACAAACCAAAAUCGCCGGUGGAUCAACCUAAAGAAUUGAGUCCAGUUGAAAUAGUAGCUGGACAAACAGCUGUUAAAACUAAAAUUGUAGAGGAAAUCAUUUCAGUCCCUGCAGAAAAGUAUCUUAAAUUUGAAGAUCCCAAAAUAAAAUCUCCAAUCCAAGAGGUUACUAGGUUAAGCCCAAUUCAUGUAGAAAAACAAGAUAUUACUGCUCCUACUGAAGAUAAAGCUUUGUCUCCACUAAUUCCAGAAGAUAAAGAAAAAAUACACGAUCACAAACCAAAAUCGCCGGUGGAUCAACCUAAAGAAUUGAGUCCAGUUGAAAUAGUAGCUGGACAAACAGAUGUUAAAACUAAAAUUGUAGAGGAAAUCAUUUCAGUCCCUGCAGAAAUGGAUCUUAAAUUUGAAGAACACAAAAUAAAAUCUCCAAUCCAGGAGGUUACUAAAUUCAGCCCAAUUCAUGUAGAAAAACAAGAUAUUAAAGCUCCUACUGAAGAAAAAGUUUUGUCUCCAGUCAUUCUUGAGGGUAUAGCAAAAAUACAUGAUCACAAACCAAAAUCGCCGGUGGAUCAACCUAAAGAAUUGAGUCCAGUUGAAAUAGUAGCUGGACAAGAGGAUGUUAAAAGUAAAAUGGUAAAGGAAAUCAUUUCAGUCCCUGCAGAAAAGGAUCUUACAUUUGAAGAUUAUAAAAUAAAAUCUCCAAUCCAAGAGGUUACUAAGUUAAGCCCAAUUCAUGUAGGAAAACAAGAUAUUAGUGCUCCUACUGAAGAAAAAGCUUUGUCUCCACUAAUUCCUGAAGAUAAAGAAAAAAUACACGAUCACAAACUAAAAUCGCCUGUGGAUCAACCUAAAGAAUUGAGUCCAGUUGAAAUAGUAGCUGGACAAGAAGAUGUUAAAACUAAAAUUGUAGAGGAAAUCAUUUCAGUCCCUGCAGAAAAGGAUCAUAGAUUUGACGAAAACAAAAUAAAAUCGCCAAUCCAAGAGGUUACUAAGUUAAGCCCAAUUCAUGUAGAAAAACAGGAUAUUAGUAUUCCAACUGAAGAAAAGGUUUUGUCUCCACUAAUUCCUGAAGAUAAAGAAAAAAUACACGAUCUCAAACUAAAAUCGCCUGUGGAUCAACCUAAAGAAUUGAGUCCAGUUGAAAUUGUAGCUGGACAGGAAGAUGUUAAAACUAAAAUUGUAGAGGAAAUCAUUUCAGUCCCUGCAGAGAAGGAUCUUAAAUUUGAAGAACACAAAAUAAAAUCUCCAAUCCAGGAGGUUACUAAAUUAAGCCCAUUUUAUGUAGAAAAACAAGAUAUUAAAGCUCAUACUGAAGAAAAAGUUUGGCCUCCAGUCAUUCCUGAGGGUAUAGCAAAAAUACAUGAUCACAAACCAAAAUCGCCGGUGGAUCAAAUUAAAGAAUUGAGUCCAGUUGAAAUAGUAGCUGGAAAAGAGGAUGUUAAAAUUAAAAUUGUAGAGGAAAUCAUUUCAGUCCCUGCAGAAAAGGAUCUUAAAUUUGAAGAACACAAAAUAAAAUCCCCAAUCCAGGAGUUUACUGAAUUAAGCCCAAUUCAUGCAGAAAAACAAGAUAUUAAAGCUCCUACUGAAGAAAAAGUUUUGUCUCCAGUCAUUCCUGAAGGUAUAGCAAAAAUACAUGAUCACAAACCGAAAUCGCCGGUGGAUCAACGUAAAGAAUUGGGUCCAGUUGAAAUAGUAGCUGGACAAGAAGACGUUAAAAGUAAAAUUGUAGAGGAAAUCAUUUCAGUCCCUCCAGAAAAUGAUAUUAAAUUUGAAGAACACAAAAUUAAAUCUCCAAUCCAAGAAGUUACUAAGUUAGGCCCAAUUCAUGUAGAAAAACAAGAUAUUAGUGCUCCUACUGAAGAAAAAGCUCUGUCUCCACUAAUUCCUGAAGAUAAAGAAAAAAUACACGAUCACAAACCAAAAUCGCCGGUGGAUCAACCUAAAGAAUUGAGUCCAUUUGAAAUAGUAGCUGGACAAGAAGAUGUUAAAACUAAAAUUGUAGAGGAAAUCAUUUCAGUCCCUGCAGAGAAGGAUCUUAAAUUUGAAGAACACAAAAUAAAAUAUCCAAUCCAGCAGGUUACUAAAUUAAGCCCAUUUCAUGUAGAAAAACAAGAUAUUAAAGCUCCUACUGAAGAAAAAGGUUUGUCUGCAGAAAUUCCUGAAGAUAAAGAAAAAAUACACGAUCACAAACCAAAAUCGCCGGAGAAUCAACCUAAAGAAUUGAGUCCAGUUGAAAUAGUAGCUGGACAAGAAGAUGUUAAAACUAAAAUUGUAGAGGAAAUCAUUUUAGUCCCUGCAGAAAAGGAUCAUAGAUUUGACGAAAACAAAAUAAAAUCGCCAAUCCAAGAGGUUACUAAGUUAAGCCCAAUUCAUGUAGAAAAACAAGAUAUUAGUGCUCCUACUGAAGAAAAAGUUUUAUCUCCAGUCAUUCCUGAGGGUAUAGCAAAAAUACAUGAUCACAAAACAAAAUCGCCGGUGGAUCAACCUAAAGAAUUGAGUCCAUUUGAAAUAGUAGCUGGACAUGAAGAUGUUAAAACUAAAAUUGUAGAGGAAAUCAUUUCAGUCCCUGCAGAAAAGGAUCAUAGAUUUGACGAAAACAAAAUAAAAUCGCCAAUCCAAGAGGUUACUAAGUUAAGCCCAAUUCAUGUAGAAAAACAAGAUAUUAGUGCUCCAACUGAAGAAAAGGUUUUGUCUCCACUAAUUCCUGAAGAUAUAGAAAAAAUACACGAUCACAAACUAAAAUCGCCUGUGGAUCAUCCUAAAGAAUUGAGUCCAGUUGAAAUAGUAGCUGGACAAGAGGAUGUUAAAAGUAAAAUUGUAGAGGAAAUCAUUUCAGUCCCUGCAGAAAAGGAUCUUAAAUUUGAAGAUCACAAAAUAAAAUCUCCAAUCCAAGAGGUUACUAGGUUAAGCCCAAUUCAUGUAGAAAAACAAGCUAUUACUGCUCCUACUAAAGAUAAAGCUUUGUCUCCACUAAUUCCUGAAGAUAAAGAAAAAAUACACGAUCACAGGUAUAGCAAAAAUACAUGA